AUGGCUUCUUCUCCCUCCUCAAUUUCAUCUUCAAGGAAGAGAAAGACGAGCUCCUCUGUCUCUUCUCCGCCUCCGUCGAACGAUCAGAGGAAGAAGUCGAGUUUCCAAAGGAGACAGCUGACGGUGAUGAAGAAGGCCGAAGAACUCUCGACUCUCUGCGGAACCCAAGUGGCCGUUAUCUGUUACGGACCAGACGGAGAGCUUCAGACAUGGCCCAGAGAUUUGUCCAAGGUGAGAGAAUUGGCCGUCAAUUACAUGAAACAGAACGACACCAAGAAACGAAAGAAAUCCCUGAAUUUGUCCGAACUUCGGGGGAAGGCAGAGAAGGGUUGUUUACCAAAAACGAAGACAGAGAAGGGUUUCGAACUCAAUACCCAAAAGCUCCAUGCUUUGUCCGCUGAAAAAUUGUCGGAGCUCGGGGAUGCUUUGGGACGCGAGAUGAAGACCCUUCAGGAGAGGCUUCGGUUUCUGGGAACGCAAAAACAGAAGAAGCCUGCCGAGGAAAACCAAAGCAGAAACCUCUGUCGCGAUCAAGAAAAUCAAGAACCUGCGAUCCACAUUUGCCCGGAUCAAGAAUAUCAAGAACCUCUGAUCAUCUCCGAUGUCCAAGACAUGGUUCUUCCGCCCCAGCUUUCGACAUUUGCAUUGUCGGAUGAGAGUUUCAACAGCGUGGGUUGUUCUGUUCCGUUUUCUUACAUCAACAACUGCGAUCAAAGCAUAAACAUUUGCCCGGAUCAAGAACAUCAAGAACCUGUGAUUACCUCUUAUUUUCCAGACAUGGUUCUUCCAUCGGACCUCCAAGGGAGCCCCCUGUUUUCGGCAUUUAUGUCGUCGGAUGAGAAUCUCGCGUCCUUCAACUACGUCGGCUCUCCUUAUGCUCCGUGCUCUUACAACAACUAUGCUCUAGACUUUGUCCCACCGACGAGUUUCGGAUCCCACCGGGCGAACAACAACUGGCUUUAUAAUUCUGAGUUCAACCUCUGA